ACUGACCUGCUACAUUGAUGUCCCAGCAACAGUUGAUUACUGCUGGUACAACAAGAAGAAUGUGUCUUCAGAUGAUGAAGUCCUCAGUAAAGGUCGACAACUGGUCUUCAAGUCCAUCAAGUCUUCAGACUCAGCAGAGUAUUGGUGUACUGUGGAGAACCAGCUGGGGAAGAAGACAUCAGAACCCGUCUUCAUUGAUGUCCACUAUCCUCCCAGGUCGUCCUCUAUGUCUGUCCAGGAAGGACAGUUCGGGACUCUGACCUGCAGCAGCGAUGCUAACCCGGCCGCCAGCUACACCUGGUACAAGGAGAACAUGUCGUCUCCUCUGGCAUCAGGUCAGACACUGACCAUCAAAGACAUCAGUCCAGGUCAGACGCUGACCAUCAAAGACAUAAGUUCAGGAAUGUCCUGUAGAACGAUAAACAUCAUCAGGCUGUUGUGUUCUGCUGUUGUGUUCGUGGGCAUCCUGAUCAUCCUGACUCUGCACUUCAGGACGACAACGUCUCCCUCGUCCACCGCAGAUCCAAAUGAGCUCGUCCAGACUGCAGAGCUGGACCAUGGCGACUAUGAGAACAUUCAAGCAGAAGACGCGCUGUGACGGCCAUCUUGACCAUGAACAACAAAGUUGUUUUAAAAUAUUCAUAUUUUCACUUCCUGUGUUGGAAUGUCUAUCACUGAGAGAAAAUAAUACAAAUACUUUACUUAUGCACAGACAAAGGAACAGAGGAUAACCCCCCGACCCUCCGAGCGUGGCGUUAUAAUUGAUAAUAUAAUUGACAGUUGUGGUCUUACACAAAUACAUGAACCCACACAUCGCAACGGUAAUACGGUUGAUCUGGUUCUAGUCCGGGGUGUUGCCACUUUUAAAGUUGUCGUACUCCUGUGCACCAAAGUCAUGCCCGAUCCCUACCUCAUAAAAUUUGAAGUUCUGACCCAUUGUCAAUAUUCUGAUAAUAACCAAUGCUUUAGCAGUCGUAGCAUUAAUGUUGCUAAAACCACGACUCACUCUGGCACUCGUUAAUGGCAGCGUUCCAAAAUUAUGUGGACUCUAUCGAUAGCCUUACCAACGACUUUAAUGUUGACUUUAAUGCCAUUGAUAGUAUAGCACCGCUAAAACUGAAAA